AGCGAGGUCAGGUGACGUGCUGACGUCAGGCUGUGGAGGCGGGCGUUUAGUCUGUGGGUUUUUAUCAAACCCCCUGCUUGGAGCGGGAGUCUGAGUGAGUCCGACAGCGCCGCCUCACUCGCAUUCUUUCCUCAUUCUCGUUCUCUGUCCUGCUGCUGACACAAACAGAGUUUGGAGACAAAGUGCCGGGUGAUGGGCUGCUGAAGGGUCUUUCUGCAAAGCGAGCUGUGAGCUGAUUGUCCACACCGACAGACAUGGGGAAGCAGAACAGCAAGCUCAGACCUGAGGUGAUGCAGGACCUGCUGGAGAGCACGGACUUCACCGAACAUGAGAUCCAGGAGUGGUACAAAGGGUUCCUGAGGGACUGCCCCAGCGGGAACCUGUCCAUGGAGGAAUUCAAGAAGAUCUAUGGUAACUUCUUUCCCUAUGGCGACGCUUCGAAGUUUGCAGAGCACGUCUUUCGUACAUUUGACGCCAAUGGUGACGGAACAAUAGACUUCCGGGAGUUUAUCAUCGCGUUAAGUGUGACGUCACGUGGCAAGCUGGAGCAGAAGCUGAAGUGGGCAUUCAGUAUGUACGAUCUGGAUGGAAACGGCUACAUCAGCAAAGCAGAGAUGCUGGAGAUUGUACAGGCGAUCUAUAAGAUGGUGUCAUCUGUGAUGAAGAUGCCAGAGGACGAAUCGACACCUGAGAAGAGGACAGAGAAGAUCUUCAGGCAGAUGGACACCAACAGAGACGGCAAACUGUCUCUGGAGGAGUUCAUCAAAGGAGCGAAGAGUGACCCCUCCAUCGUCCGCCUGCUCCAGUGCGACCCCAGCAGUGCCGGACAGUUCUAAACCUGACACACUGACACCACCUCGCUUCUUCAGGUGAGUGACUCAACAAGUCUUUAAAUUUCCAAUAUGGAGCCGACUGAUGACGACGAUGAUGAUGUUGAUGAAGAAGAAUUCAGGAUGCCGCUGAGGACUUUACAGAUGGCCGUUGGAGCUGUAUACCCUAGUUGAUGUAAACCCUCCAAACCCCAGCAGGGACUGAAACCCAUGACUUUCCCCACACCUCCAUCAGGAUUUGACUCCGCCCCUGAGUUCUCCUGCAGGCUCUCGGAGCGUACAGACUGAGGCGGUAGGUUGUACAUACAGUAUCACGUGGACUCUGUGUAUCCGUGUCUUUGCUUGGUCCUCAGGCUUAAACCGGGGCCCUGCAGAGCCUCUGACACUCCCGUGCGUCAGAAACAGAGCAGGUGUUAAAUGACAGAGGAGCCGUGACGGUGCUGAACACGAUGACGCACUGUGGGCGAGAUUAUUUAAUCUGCAAGAGACAACUUGUGAAGUUUGACUGUCACGCUGAACGAGUACUGCUUUUAGUUUGUUUUUUUUCUUUACUGUGGGAAUGUGUGUGUUUGUGUUUCUUGCAAAUUUGACAGUUUCCUCUUUUGUACCUAUAUGCUACUACGUAUCUGUGCCCGAGUCAGUAGUUUGAAUUUUAGUCCCGUUGGUGUCAUGAAGGAUGAAGUUCCUCUGUUUAUCAGUUAUCAUGAAGAAUCUGAGCUCGACACUCACCGCCCUCGAGCCCGGAAACAUGGCAGAAAACUCAUGUUUGAGGGAAAUGUAGAUACAUUUCUGAGCACUCAAAUGAACCAAAAUUAACCAAAAAGGAAAAAGAAAAUCUGCCACAUAUCAUCCUGAAUGCUCAACUCAAGAUGCAAAACAACUGUAAAAAAUAAGUAAAGUAAAAUAAAAUAGUUGUUUUUAAGCAUGCGCGUAGAUUUUUUUUUUUUUUUUUUGAAGAGGUUUUAAAUGCCGCAUGUUGAAUCAGUUGUUGAACAGUUGGGUCAGAAGUGCACAGACUAAAUUGCACGUAUGCAUGUGACUCGAUGUGCAUGUGUGUUUGUGGUUAUCAGUGGUCCAUCCAGCUUCCUGCUAGCUUCUCACUGUUAGCAUCGUCGCGGUUUGCACAAGUCAUCACCGUUACUGACAAAAUGACCGAGAUGAAAUACUGAAUAGUUUUACCAGGAGCUUCGUACAACGAAAGGUAAGAGGGAUUGAAGAGUUACAAGGUCUAAAAAAUACAUCUGAAGAAUUCCUAUAACUGAUGUGUAAAUGUAACUUUUGAAAGUUCAAAGCAGUUUAUUGAAUUAAAGUUCAGUCACUGAGAUGUUGUUGGCCGUGUGAAUGUUA